AUGCAAUACAGUAACAGUCAGCGUCGGUACGAUUCCUUUCGUAACGAAUGGGACUUGAAUGAAGAAUUUGAUCCCACAGCGCAUUAUGACAGCGAUGAGGAUGAUGAUGACGAUUUUGACUUCCAAAGAGGAUCCAACGCCCAUGACGGGAUCAACGAGCCAGUGGCAUCGUCUCAAGGAAGCAAUCUAGACCCUGCACAAGAACUAGGUCGCCGCCUCAUCGCUCACGAGGCAGAAGAUGUUCAGUCAGAGAAGAUGUCCACAGCUACCCUUGAAGAGGUUCUGUAUUGGUUCCAUGGCCUUCAACUUCCUGCAGCACAAUCAUCCGAGACCGAACUCAUGCCCGUCGAGGCUCAGAAGGCCACCAGAUGUAAGUCAUCUUUGGCGUGUCGAAAUGCGGAUAGGGACCCCUACAACCCAAGAUCCGAAUGGGUGCUCAGCGUGCUAAUGAACGGCCUCCUCUCAAGGGGAGCGCUGCUGCAUGGUUUCCCUCCUGAUUGGUCUGACUUUGACCCGUCGUGUACGAAUUACCUGGCAAGAGUCUACAACAAAAGGUUCUCAGUAUCAAGGGUGCAGAUUACCAAUCAGAGGGAGGACAUGUACCGGAUAUCCGAUGGAGAAGAGACUGACUAUGAGCUGAUUGUCGGUCGAGCGAGUGUGGUCCUCUUGUGUCUCCGCCAAAUGAAGCACCUGUCCUUGGAUGAAGUGGCUGAAUAUCUGUGUUCCUGGGGCAUCAAACUUUCAACUUGCCUACGCGUUCGCCAUGAGGAUCGGGGCCCAAGAACGUCCCUGAGAGCGGUCGAGCGCAUUCCUUAUCAAGUCAAGGGCUUCCAGCUUGGUAAAGAUAACUAUAUGAGCUACGUCGGAAGGCGCAAGCAGCUAUUUCGGAGCAAUGAAGUCCUCCGUGCCGCUCUGAAGCAUGGCGGUGUACCUUGGCGCCUGGCGAUGGAGGUGUCGGAAGAUUUCGUCACUUCAGGCCCUUCGUCCCGGGUGACGGAAGUGGGGGGAUUUUACAAGACGGAAGAAGGCGACGAGUUAUGGGAUGAGAUGCUCACUGAGGACCAGAUCAACAUCAUCUGUGGGGUGUAUAAGGUCGAAAGAGAGGAAAGUGCAGGCAAGUCCGGCAAGAAGGGAGACGACUGUGGCAGAUUGACAGAACAUGUCUCGUGGUUUCUGAAAGAUGCGAGUUGGAGAGGAAGUGGUCUUGACGUAGGAUUUUGGAGCGCAGACGCUGAAUCUUGGUACCAGCGUCGGGUCAAGAAAUAUCUGGACAGAGACUUCAAGUGCGAAAAUCAGACGGAGUGGAAGAAAUUGUUGAAACUGUGGCGGGAGGCCCAAAAGGUGGCGGAGCAUCUGGAAACACUGUCACGCUCCUUCCUUCAAUGCCAUGUCCUUCACGGUUUAGAACCGGGUAGCAUAUUAGAAUAUAUACGCACAUAUCUAACAUAUCUUUUGCUGCUUGUUUGUGGUGAUGAGACCUGGCAUGUGAAGAUGCUGACUUUGAAGACGACGCCUAUCUGA